CUAAUGGUGCGCGUCGUGGAGUACGUCGUCUUCGGCGCCUUCAUGGCGUGCAAUCUCUCGCUGGGGUUGUACUUUUCCUUUCGGAAGACCAAUGCUGGAGUCGGAACACGUGCAACGACAGCGGAAGUGUUUCUCGGCAAUCGACUGCUGAAGACAAUUCCUCUGGCGGCCUCAGCGGUGGCGUCGCUUUUUUCUUCGACGGGACUCGUGGGAUUCCCCGCGCACUACUACGCCUACGGCUGGCAUAUGGCUUGGGCCUACGUAAUGCCCCUGGUGUUUGUCCCUUUGUCCACCCACGUCUUCGUCCCAGUGCUGUACCGUCUUCGAUUAACGUCCAUAUUCGAGUACAUUCGUCUGCGCUUCAACGCCACCAUUUCUCUGACGGCAUGUGCGAUCUACAUUUUCCUUACGCAAAGUGUUGGGGCAAUCUCCAUCUUUGCCGCGUCGCUCACGCUAGUAACGGUUUUCAAGGUACCGCUUUUUUGGUGCAACAUAUUUAUCGGGCUAUCGGGGACGUUUUACACAGUCCUGGGAGGACUUCGAGGCGUGGUGUGGACUGACUGCAUGCAAUUCAUGAUUGCACUGCUUGCCCCAGUGGCAAUUGUAUCGAAGAUCUUUAUGGAUGCUUCUGCCCCUAAUUCCACAAUUCAACCGCUCACCGGGACAGACGUCGCAAGAUAUAUAAGCAAUUACAGCUUUGACCUAACGAGUGACGAAACAAUUUGGGCCUGUUCCUUGGGAACCUCGGCUAUGGCGAUCUACCGGGUAUGUCUGGAUCAAGUUGUUGCGCAAAGGCUCCUGGCAUCUCGGACACUCAAGGACGCUCAAAGGACCGCCCAGACAAGUGCACUGCUUCUGGUGCUGAUAUAUUUCACAGGUCUCUUCCUUGGUGUAGCCCUGACGGUUUGGUUUCGGGGUUGUGAUCCUACGCUGCUGGGAGAAAUAUCCAGUGUAGACCAAUACAACCCAACGGCCCUGCUGCUGUUUCUCGAUUUGGACCACCCGCGCCAGAACGAAUGA